AUGACCCCAUCUACUCUGAGUACGAGUAUCCCUACCUCACAACCAAAAACCAUCAAUUCCUUAUCUGGGGGCAUCACUGGUUCAUUACCUAUGAUGACAGACCUUACCUCAGGGUAUACCAUCUCCAGUAUGUCUGCAAUUCCUACAACUGUCAUUCUCACAUCUCCCACUGUCCAGAAUACAGAAACCUCAAUCUUUGUCAGCAAGACCUCUGCCACUACUCCCAGUGGGAGACCAACUUUCACAAGUACUGUGAACACUCCCACAAGGUCCCUCCUGACAAGCUUUCCAACGACACAUUUAUUCUCUUCUUCCAUGUCUGAAGGCAGUGCCAGGACCACUCACACAGAGAGUAUCUCGUCACCUCCAGCCACCACCAGUACACUCCACACAACAGCUGAAUCCACCCCGUCCACAGCUGAAUCCACCACGGCACUCACUACCACCACCUCAUUCACAACUUCCACAACUAUGGAAUCACCUUCAUCCAGUGUAGCAACUACAGGCACAGGUCAGACCACCUUCUCCAGCUCUACAGCCACAUUCACUGAGACCACCACACUGACUCCUACAACUGACUUUUCUAAAGAAACUCUCACAACAGCCAUGACUUCUACUCCCCCCAACACUUCUUCAAUCACUCCCACCAAUACAGUGACUUCUAUGACAAUUAUGACCUCUUGGCCCACAGCCACUAAUACGUUGUCAUCACUCACCACUAACAUUUUAUCUUCUACACCUGUUCCGAGCACAGAGAUGACCACCAGUCACACUACAAACAUCAAUCCUGUAUCCACCUUGAUGACCACACUCCCCACUACCAUCACCAGGUCUACACCUACAUCUGAGACCACCUACCCUAUUUCUCCCACCAGCACUGUCACGGAGUCCACGACUGAAAUCACCUAUUCCACUACUAUGACAGAGACAUCAUCCACUGCCACCUCUCUGCCACUCACCUCUCCCUUGGUCUCAACCACAGAAACAGCCAAAACUCCUACCACAAUCUUGGUAACCACCACCACCAAGACCACCUCACAUAGUACCACUAGCUUCACUUCUUCAACCGUCUACUCCACAGCCAGCACACACACCACUGCCAUCACUUCAGUUCCCACUACCUUGGGUACCAUGGUGACUUCUACAUCCAGGAUUCCAUCUAGUCUCAGUACAGAUAUCCCUACCUCACAACCAACAACCAUCACUCCCUCAUCUGUGGGCAUCACUGGUUCAUUACCUAUGAUGACAGACCUCACCUCCAGCAUGUCUGCAAGGCCAACAACUCUCAUUCCCUUAUCUCCCACUGUCCAGAAUACAGAAACCUCAUCCUUUGUCAGCAUGACGUCUGCCACCACUCCCAGUGAGAGACCAACUUUCACAAGUAGUGAGAACACUCCAACAAGGUCCCUCCUGUCAAGCUUUCCAAUGACACAUUCACUCUCUUCUAUGUCUGCCAGCAGUGCCAGGACCACUCACACAGAGAGUAUCUCCUCACCUCCAGCCACCACCAGUACACUCCACACAGCAGCUGAAUCCAUACUGUCACCCACUAUCACCACCUCAUUCACCACAUCCACAACUAUGGAACCACCUUCAACAUCUGUAGUAACUACAGGCACAGGGCAGGCCACCUUCCCCAGCUCUACAGCCACAUUCCCUGAGACCACCACACUGAUUCCUACAACUGACAUUUCUACAGAAUCUCUCACAACAGCCAUGACUUCUACUUAUACGUUAUCAUCACUCACCAGUAGCAUUUUAUAUUCUACACCUUUCCAGAGCACAGAAAGAAUCACCAGUCAUACCACCAACACCACUCCUCUAUCUACCUUGGUGACCACACUUCCCACUACCAUCACCAGGUCUACACCUAAAUCUGAGACAACCUACCAUACUUCUCCCACUAGCACAGUCACAGACUCCACGACCGACAUCACCUACUCCACAGGUAUGACAGGUACUUUGUUCACUGAGACGUCUCUCCCACCCACAUAUUCCUCUCUCCUAACCAUAGAAACAGCCACGACUCCUACCACAACCUUGGUAACCACCACCCCUGAGUCCACCUCCCACAGUAUUCCCAGUUUCACUUCUUCAACCAUCUACUCCACAAUCAGUACAACCACGACUGCCAUCUCCUCAGCUUCGCCUACCUCAGAUAUCAUAGUGACUUCCACAAGCAUGACCCCAUCUUCUCUGAGUACCGACAUCCCUUUGACAACACCAACAACUAUCUCCCACUCUUCUGUGGGCUCUACUGAAUCCUUGACUACAACAGACCUCUCCUCAAUAUUUGCUGUUUCUAGUACAUCAGCAAUGUCCACAAGUGACAUCCCAUCUUCCUCCAGCAUGCAGAAUACAGAAACUUCAUCACUUGUCAGCAUGACCUCUGCCACCACUCCCAGUGAGAGAACAACUAUCACAAGUACUGAGGGCAUUCAGACAACUUCCCUCCUGACGAGCUUUCCAGUGACGUAUUCAUUUUCCUCUUCCAUGUCUGCCAGCAGUGUAGGGACCACUCACACCGAGAGUAUCUCCUCACCUCCAGCCAUCACCGGUACACUCCACAUGACAGCUGAAUCCACCCCGUCACCCACAACCAUCACCUCAUUCACAACAUUUACAACGAUGGAAACACCUUCAUCCACUGUAGCAACUACAGGCACAGGUCAGACUACAUUCACCAGUUCAACAGCCACAUCCCCUGAGGCCACCACAUUGACUCCUACCCCUGACAUUUCCACAGGAUCUUUCAAAACAGCAGUGAGUUCUACUCCCCCAAUCACUUCUUCAGUCACUUCCACAUAUACAGUGACUUUUAUGACAACUACCGCCCCUCUGCCCACAGCCACUAAUAUGUUAUCAUCAUUCAACAGUAGCGUUUCAUCUUCUACGACUGUCCCAAGUACAGAAGCGAUUGCCAGUGGUACCACAAACACCACCCCUCUAUCUACCUUGGUGACCACAUUCUCCAAUUCUGACACCAGUUCUACACCUACAUCUGAGACUACCUACCCUACUUCUCUUACUAGUGCUCUCACAGAUUCCACAAACAGAAUCACCUAUUCCACCAGUGUGACAGGUCCACUGUCCACUGUGACCUCUCUCCGACCCACCUCUUCCUCUCUCCCAACCACAAUAACAGCCACAGUUCCGAGAACAAACUUGGUAACCAAGACCACCAAGACCACCUCACACAGUACUCCCAGCUUCACUUCUGUGAUCACCACCAUCGAGACCACUUCACACAAUACUCCCAGCUUCACUUCUCGGAUCGACACCACCGAGACCACCUCACACAGUUCUCCUAGUUUCACUUCUCUGAUCACCACCAUGAAGACCACCUCACACCGUACUCCCAGCUUCACGUCUCCGAUCGCCACCACCGAGACCUCCUCACACAGUUCUCCCAGCUUCACUUCUUCAAUCGCCACCCUCGAGACCACCUCACACAGUACUCCCAGCUUCACUUCUUCGAUCACCACCACCAAGACCACCUCACACAGUACUCCCAGAUUCAGUUCUUCAAUCGCCACCAGGGAGACUACCUCACACAGUACUUCCAGCUUCACUUCUUCGAUUACCACCAGGGAGACCAACUCAAACAGUACUCCCAGCUUCACUUCUUCGAUCACCACGACCAAGAUCACCACACAUAGUACUCCCAGCUUGACUUCUUCGAUCACUACCACUGAGACCACCUCACACAGUACUCCCAGCUUCACUUCUUCAAUGGCCACCACCAAGACCACCUCACACAGUACUCCCAGCUUCACUUCUCCGAUCGCCACCAGGGAGACCACCUCACACAGUACUCCAAGCUUCACUUGUUCGAUCAACACCACUUCACAUAGUACUCCAAGCUUCACUUCUUCGAUCACCAUCACCAAGACCACCUCACACAAUAUUCUCAGCUUCACUUCCUCGAUCGCCACCACUGAGACCACCUCACACAGUACUCCCAGCAUCACUUCUUUGAUCGUUACCACCGAGACUACCUCACACAGUACCCCCAGUUUCACUUCUAUUGCCAUCACAGAGACCACUUCACACAGUACUACCAGCUUCACUUCUCCAACCGCCACCACAGAGACCACCUCACACAGUACUCCCAGCUUCACUUCAUUGAUCAACACCACCAAGACCACCUCACACAGUACUCCCAGCUUCACUUCUUUGAUCACCACCACUGAGACCACAUCCCAUAGUACUCCUAGCUUCAGUUCUUUGAUCACCAUGACCAGGACCACAUCUCAGAGUACUCCCAGCUUGACUUCUUCCAUCACCACAGCUGAGACCACCUCAUACAGUAGUCCCAGCUUCCCUUCUUUAAUCACUAUCACUAAGUCCACAUCCCACAGUACUACCAGCUUCAGUUCUUCAAUCACCACCACUGAGACGAACUUACACAGUACUCCCAGAUUCACUUCUUCAAUCACUACCACUGAAACCGCCUCACACAGUACUCCCAGCUUCACUUCUUCAAUCGCCACCACCAAGGCCACCUCACACAGUACUCCCAGCUUCACUUCUUCCCAGCUUCACUUCUUCAAUUACCACAACCGAGACCCCCUCACACAGUACUCCCAGCUUCACUUCCUCAAUUACUACUGCUGA